UUCUCCAAACAAACAGAUAGAUUUUCAGGAAUUUAGAAACUAUAUCAACGCCGUUCUUAAACGAGACUAAACAAAGUUCAGUAGAUAGAUUUUGAAAGAUGGAACCUCAUAUCGCUCUACUUCCAAGUGCUGGAAUGGGGCAUUUGAUGCCAUUCCUUCGCCUUGCUGCCAUGUUAGCUUCUCGUAAUUGUAAGGUCACUUUACUCACUGCCCAGCCUACUGUCUCUGCCGCUGAAUCUAAACAUUUGAAUAGCUUCUUUUCUGCGCAUCCACACAUUCAACGCCUUGAUUUUCAAGUCGUUCCCCUCCAAUCGUCCAAUCCUCAUGGUGAUCCCUUCUUUCUCCAGUUUGAAGCUAUCAUUCGCUCUGUUCAUCUUCUUCCUCCUCUUCUAUCUUCAUUAUCUCCACCCAUCUCCGCUCUUUUUCUUGACAUUGCUGCUGCAACGUGCGUUGAUCAGCUUGCUGAUCAUCCAUCAUUGUCUAUAUCAUACUACAUCUUAAGUACAACUUCUGCUAGAUUUUUUUCUCUUAUUACCCACCUACCUCAUUUGACUCUUGAAAGCAGUUGCGUGAACUUGAAGCUUCAUGGUCUACCCUCAUUUUCAAUAUCGAACAUCCCUCCUCCUAUUUUCAACCCACAGAAUCUCUUCACAACUCAAAUGAUCUCAAACGCUCGAGCUAUCUCCAGAGUUAAAGGUGUUGUUUCCAAUACGUUCCAUUGGUUUGAGGCUGAGACAAUUGAACCCCUCAACAGUGGCAAGACCUCUAUUACUCUUCCUCAGUUUCUGCCAAUUGGACCUUUCAAGCAUUACGAAGACCCUGGAAAAUGCUCUUCCCUUUCUUGGUUAGAUGAACAACCUGCCAAAUCAGUUGUAUAUGUUAGCUUUGGAAGUAGAACAGCUAUGUCAAAGGACCAAAUAAAAGAAAUAGGAGAGGGAUUGUUAAAGAGCAAGCAAAAGUUCCUUUGGGUAUUGAAGUCCGUCAAAGUUGAUAAAGCAGAGGAAACAGAGCUGAAAGAAUUGGUAGGACAUUCACUCCUUGAAAAAAUUGAAGAGAAGAAACAGGGGAUAGUUGUUAAAGAGUGGGUGAAACAGGAAGAAAUUUUAACACAUCAUGCAAUAGGAGGAUUCUUUAGCCACUGUGGUUGGAAUUCAACGAUGGAAGCAGCUCAGAGAGGAGUACCAAUGCUUGCAUGGACACUUAACGGGGACCAAAGGUUUAACGCAGAGGUGGUGGAGAAGGCAGGGUUGGGGUUGUGGCCAAAACAUUGGGGUUGGCUGGGCGAGAGAUUGGUGAAGUCGGAAGAGAUUGAGGAGAAGAUUGAAGAGCUAAUGCAAGAUCACAAGUUGAGGUCCAUGGUUCCGAAAGUGGGGGGAAGAGGCCAAAACGGGCUUGGGAAAUUUGGGGGUACAUCAGAAAAAGUUGUGGGACAAUUAAUUGAAAUGCUCAAGCUCAAAAGUUUUGGAAUGUUUAAUCUCACCUAAUGGGUUUUUCCUCUUCUUACAAGAAGUAACUUAACAGUUAAUAAGAUUGGCUGCCAAGUCCAAUCAAGAUAAUCAAAACUUAUAUUACUCAAUACAUCAGUUUUGUGAUAUGAUACAGAUACUAAAAUUAAUUCCUCGACUGUUCCUCAACCAAACAAGCAUAUGCAAGUGUCUAAAUACCUAAUUGUACAAAACUAUUCCUUUUAUCUUUUCUUCUGAAUUUGACACAGCAGAUGUCAGCAACGUAAUUGGAACCAUGCCUUUAAUCUUUACAAAGCAUCAGCUCAUCGAUUUGCACCAGUCAUCACUCAUCAGGAUGUCUGAUUCAAUUAUCAACUCUGCAAAGCCAGUUCACAUAUUAUUUCUCCCAAGUGGUGUAGGAGUGGGAGAAAUGUUCCAUUUAUUCAACUAGAUUCCAUGUUAGCUUCAUAGAGAUCUAGAAUCAACUUUAUUGGCAUGCUACUUGAGAUCUAUACUACAAAGUAGAGCUUUAUCUCCAACUUUUGCUCCGGUCAGCCAGAAAUCAAGAUACACAGGACUCGACAAACCUAACAAAUUUCAAACAAAAUAAAGCUGAUCCAGUCAGCUAAGAACAUUAAAGAAGAAGAAGAAUAACGGCUGGCCAAGGAUUCUAGAGUUAGCCUGGAAAGCUAAAUAACAUCAAAAGAUUUUCAAUAUGACUGGAACUGCAGGGAACUACCAUUUCGGUAGACAGUUUUCUUUGGAAUAACAUCAAAAGAUAUUGCAUUCUCUUGAAGCCUGUCUUGGAGGUCUGUCGGGCCAAACACAAUCCCACGAGGGAAAACACCUCCUUUUGGAAGAUUGUCUCGUUCCUUGAGCAAAAAUAAGGGCACUCUGGACUAGAAUGAUUGGAGUUGUCAAAUAAGCAAUUUCAGGUCCUAUUACUCUUGUAAUUAUCUCCAUAUCAAGUUUCCUGUUUCCUUGUGACACAAGGCUGCCAUCACUAAACCCCUGUCCAACAAACCACUUCUUAAAGGUAGCACUUGCCACUUCAUCCUCAGUAGGACCCUUUUUCCUGAAAAAUCCAAGAUUGAACACUGAAGGGAAGUUCAAGAGCAGCCACCUCCCUAUACGAGUUUUACCAAAAAGAGCAAUGAACUUGCCAAA